AUGGCGGAGUUAUUCUACCAGACGUGUCCUGGCGAUUGGCAGGGCGACGGCGCCUUCCUCAAAGAAUGCCUCAAGGCCGCCGCAUGGGGAAAUACAAAUCCAGACGUCACCAUCGACAUUGGCGCUUUCGUCUCGUACCGUUGGAAGCUGAUACUCCUGGCCGACCAAUUGAUUAAGGAUCUCGGUCUGCCCGUCCCCGGCAACCAGAUGUGCGCGAUGUGGAACGAAUACGUGUGGCGAGGGGGGGUUCUACACAAUUUGGAGGGCUUUUGGGAGAAGUAUCAUUGGGUGUGGGACAUCUUCGCCCACGACCAUCGCAUGCCUGAAGCUUCCCCCGAGCAGGGCCCUGACUUUGAGCGCUUCCGCCGGUACCUGGCUGCGUCUGUUAUGCAAGCGGACCUGCCGUUCAAGCCAACUCUGGCCAUGAUUGAUCGAGUCGUGGACUACGUCGGACGCGCGAAGAAUGGUGAUGCCGACUUUCGGCUACGCUGGCAAAGAUUUUGA